UUACAAGAAUAGAGAGAGAGAGGGAAACCUUAACUUGUACAGAGAGCCCCCAUCAAAAGAUAUUUUUGUAUUUCCGUUUUCUUUUCAAGGAAAAAAAAUAUUAUUCUCUUCUUCAUUUUUUUAUCUAAUUUAAUUAUCAGGGUUUCUUCCUUCUCUUCGAUCCUCUCCAUUCCAAACGCAUCCUUUCCUUCAAAUCUCUCUCCCCUCUCGCCUCUCCGUUUCCUCGCUCUCUCUUUCGCUCGAAAGGUUGGAUUUUUUGGAAUAGAGUUGUUGCUUUUAAAUCUUGGCUGUUGAUGAAGCAGAUCAGGUUUUUUAUUUCUUUAGGGGCUUAAAUUGAAGUUUGUGAGAUCAAAAAAGAAAAAUUGCAUAAAGGGUGAAUUGUGUUGACUGAAGUUGAAUCAAAAAGGAAAGUAUUGGGGUUUUUGCGUUCUGGUGAAGAAUUGUGAUGAAUAAGAAGAAUUCAUGGGCAGAUUUGGCUGCAAAUUCUGCAGCUGAGAACAUAAAUGCUGGUUCUUCUGCUAACACUGGAAGUGUAGGUACUACUCCUGCAGCUGCCCCUUCCCGAUCCACAUACGUCCCUCCUCAUCUCCGUAACCGUGCACCAUCCUCAGACCCACCAGCUGCUGCUCAUAGUGGGCCUGUGUCGAGUAAUGAUCAUUCUGGGUAUGGUGGUGGAUCGCGCUCAGGUGUUCCAAGAAAUGAUUUCCGUGGUGGGUAUGGUGGUAGCGGUGGGAGAUCUGGUGGGUGGGGAAACAGAGGUGGCUGGGAUCGUGGGAGAGAGCGGGAAGUAAAUCCUUUUGGAGAUGAUGACGAAACAGAGCAGCCAUUUAGUGAGCAAGAGAAUACUGGCAUUAAUUUUGAUGCGUAUGAAGAUAUUCCAGUUGAGACAAGUGGGGAGAAUGUGCCACCAGCUGUAAAUACCUUUGCGGAGAUUGAUUUGGGUGAGGCGUUGAAUCUGAACAUCCGCAGGUGCAAGUAUGUGAAGCCCACGCCGGUGCAGCGGCAUGCCAUUCCAAUCUCUCUUACAGGCCGGGACUUGAUGGCCUGUGCCCAGACUGGUUCUGGGAAAACUGCUGCUUUCUGUUUCCCGAUUAUUAGUGGAAUUAUGAAAAUGCAAGAUCAGAGUGCACAAAGGCCACUUCGUGGAGCACGAACUGUGUACCCGCUAGCUCUUAUUCUCUCUCCAACCAGAGAGCUUUCAAUGCAGAUACAUGAGGAAGCUAAGAAAUUCUCAUAUCAAACUGGUGUUAAAGUGGUUGUUGCUUAUGGAGGAGCACCAAUUCACCAACAGCUGCGAGAACUGGAGAGAGGUGUUGAUAUUCUGGUGGCAACUCCAGGAAGAUUGGUGGAUUUGUUGGAGAGGGCUAGGGUUUCAUUGCAGAUGAUCAAGUAUUUGGCCUUAGAUGAGGCAGAUCGGAUGCUGGAUAUGGGUUUUGAGCCUCAAAUAAGAAAAAUUGUGGAACAAAUGGACAUGCCUCCACCUGGUUCAAGACAGACAAUGCUGUUCAGUGCUACCUUUCCAAAAGAGAUACAGAGACUAGCUUCUGACUUUUUGGCAAGUUAUGUCUUUUUGGCUGUUGGACGAGUGGGCUCAAGUACAGAUUUGAUUGCCCAAAGAGUUGAAUUUGUUCAGGAGUCUGACAAAAGAAGUCACCUCAUGGACCUCCUUUAUGCACAGCGGGCGAAUGGUGUUCAGGGCAAGCAAGAUUUGACAUUAGUAUUUGUGGAGACUAAGAAGGGUGCUGAUUCACUUGAGCAUUGGCUAUGCAUUAAUAAUUUCCCUGCUACUAGCAUCCAUGGUGAUAGAUCACAACAGGAAAGAGAACAGGCAUUGCGCUCAUUUAAAUCUGGCAACACUCCAAUUUUGGUAGCAACUGAUGUUGCAGCACGUGGUCUUGAUAUUCCUCGUGUUGCACAUGUGGUUAACUUUGAUCUCCCAAACGAUAUUGAUGAUUAUGUCCAUCGUAUCGGACGAACGGGACGAGCUGGAAAAUCUGGUCUGGCAACUGCCUUCUUCAAUGAGGGCAAUGCAUCAAUGGCAAGGCCACUAUCUGAACUAAUGCAAGAAGCAAAUCAAGAAGUACCUGCUUGGCUCUCUCGUUAUGCAGCUCGUGCUUCCUUUGGAGGGAAGAACCGUCGUUCUGGGGGAGGUCGGUUUGGUGGCCGUGACUUUCGGAGGGAUUCCUCUUCCAGUAGGGGCAAUUCAGAUUAUUAUGGUGGAGGAAGCAGUGGUGGAUAUGGAGGGGCUUCAGGCGGGUAUGGUGGUGGAGGCUACGGUUCUGGGGUGACCAGUGCAUGGGAUUAAACAAUUGACCAUUUUAAGCAUUUACAGGACUCGGUGUCUAGUGUUUGUGGACUACUCCCUUCUUUCACGGGGACCAUUUUCUCAUUUUUGUUGCAUCUUUUAGUUAGCUGUCUCUAGCCAUCGUCGUUACUAUACUCUUAGAAGUAACUAUCACUGAGAGGGGGGUCUAAGUUUGGGGUUGGUGCGCUGCAGGAGUAGAGAUGUACAAUGCUUGGUAGUUUAUGGUGAAAAAAGUUCUAAUAGAAUAGGUAUUACUCGGUGCCCUUCUUUUUUCCGUUUUCUCUUCCCUCUAAACUUUGCUGGCUGUUGAAGGGUUGUAGAAUAUGUGGUGGGGGAGGGCAUAGGGUUUCUUUUCAGUCAUUUGUGUUAAUCUCUUAGGCAUGUUCUUUUCGACCUGGUUGGAGGGGACUUAUUGUUGAGGCAUCUAGUCCUGCUGUUUCUCUAGUUUCUCUUCUUCCCCUUUGAAAGGAGUCUUUGAAAAGGCUUUUGUAAUAUUUUGAUGGUCACUGGAAUAAAUACUAAGCUUUCUCGGAACA